UUCUGCUCCUCCGACGGAUUAGGAACACCACAAUGCUGCGUGCCUGCAUCGUCCUCGCCCUGGCCGCCAGCGCCUUCGCUGGUAACCUUGGUCACGUUGCCGGUGGCUAUACCCUUGCCAGCAACCUCGGCUACGGCCUUGGCUAUGGUAGCCUCGGCUAUUCCGGUCUCGGAUACGGUGGCCUUGGUCUCUCUCAUUACGGCCUCUCCCACGGAGUUGGCUACUCCGGCCUUACCGGCUAUGGUGCUGGCUUCGGAUACGGAUACGCCCCCGCCGCCAGCUAUGCCGUCGCUGCUCCAGCUGUCACCCACACCGUCUCCACCUACCACGCUGCUCCAGCUGUGACCGCUGUCCAUGCCGCUCCAGCUGUGACCGCUGUCCACGCCGCUCCAGCUGUCACCUACUCUGCCGCCCCAGCUGUCACCAGGGUGGUCCAGUCUGCUCCAGCUGUCACCUACGCUGCCGCCCCAGCUGUCACCAGGGUUGUUCAGUCCGCUCCAGCUGUCACCUACGCUGCCGCCCCAGCUGUCACCAGGGUGGUCCAGUCCGCUCCAGUUGUCCAGACCUACGCCGCCGCCCCAGCUGUGACCAGGGUGGUCCAGUCCACUCCAGUUGUCCAGACCUACGCUGCUCCAGCUGUCACCAAGGUUGUCCACUCCGCUCCAGUGGUCGCCAGCUACGCCGCUGCCCCAGCCGUGACUGCUGUCCACGCUGCCCCAGCCGUCGCCACCUACGGCGUUUCCCACGUUGCCCACGCUGCCCCAGCCGUUGCUACCUACGGUGUUGCUCACGCUGCCCCAGCCUACUACGGCUACGGUGUUGGCUCCCUCGGCUACGGUGCCGGCAGCUACGGUUACGGCCACGGUCUCCUCGGCUACGGCCUGAACUACGGCUACGGCCUUGGCUCUCCUCUCAGCUACUCCACCCUCCUCCGCAAGAAGAAGUAAAUCCUCUUUCUUUUGACACUUGGACCAGACAGAAAACACUCAGUCAAGGACAACCAGAUCUUGUGGUUUCGAUGAUGUAUAAUCAUUGUUAUGACAGAAUAAACUGUUUGUCUGAUA